GUUGGCGGCGCUGAAUUUCAAAUUUUGAACUGCCGGAACAGCGCGAGGACCGACUGAGCGAUCGACGGCAGCUAGUCGGGUCGUAACGUCACGCAGGCACUAUGGAUCCGUUUACCGAGAAAUUACUUGAACGAACUCGGGCUCGACGAGAGAAUCUGCAGAGGAAAAUGGCUGAGAGACCAUCAAAAGCGGUUCGGCAAAUUGUGAAAAGAUCUAGGGACCCUUUGUCUGAGGCUAACAACCAGCCAUUGGAAGUUUCCGAGGAAGCAAAAGCAUCAACCAAUCCUUCUCCAUCUAAAAAACGUUGUUCAGACAAAAUGGAAAGCCCAAUCCAAGACAUAGAAAACGAAGAACCAAAUACUCCCAUGACUGAAUUUGUUGCACAAACUCCACCUGCCAUCAAUCCUGUUGCACAAUCUCCAUCUCUGAUUGCUUCUGUUGCUCAAUCUUCAAGUCAACCAAGGCAAUUAAUUAAUGAACAGGAAGAACAGAAGGCAAAACAAGAUGCACUCCCAGUAACAUCGCUGAAGAAUCGGAUGCACAAGCUAGCACAGCAGUUGCGUGCAUGGGACUCUGAAGGUAAUGAGAUUGAUUCACCUGUAACACCUACACAGUCAUGGAAGCCUACUUCACCUCCACCUCAGCAGGCAGUAAGUACCGUUGAGUCUAAAACUCCAGUUGGAAGGAAAGGACGGCUUGCAAAUCUGGCUGCAGCAAUUAACUCCUGGGACGAUGACUUGAGCCAUCCGAUCAUUAAGCAUAACAAGCCACCAGGACAGCCUGGUACUGCUUGUUUACCAGCUUCCUCUGCAACGAACAAAGAUCCUGCUACUACUGAAAGCUGCGGUAUUAUCCAGCAGGCUGUAAUUUCCUCACAACGGCCUCUAGAAAAUACAGUUAGUAAAACAACUUCUACCACCUUGCAGGAAUCAGCUCAGUCUAAUAGUCAUUUACCAAAGGUGAUUCAACCCACCUCAAAGAGAAUUCAAGAGAAUAAGCCACCGUUACCUAAAGGGGCCCUUGCCCCACCUCAGCUCCAGCCAGGUCCGACGAAAACUGAGAAGACACAAUCAUUGGCAACAAGACUGAUAAGUUCCCAGAGUCAGAGUGAGUUUAAAGAUCAACCAAAGAGAGAUACAGUUGCUCAGGCUCAGCCUGGAAAUAGCUUGACCACCCCAGGUGGUUCAGGAGUGAAAUCUUUUCUGGAACGUUUCGGUGAGCGCUGCCAACAACACAGUGGGGCAAGUCCUACGCCAUCCACUCCUGGACAGAGAACUCCCAAUGUUACUCCCAGCACUAAAGCAAUCCAGGAGCGGCUACUUAAACAGCAGGAGCUUUCCAGUACAGCAAAUCUAACUCAACAACUUAAACAGGAGCGUGAAAAAGAGCUGGAAGGUAUUCGUAAUCGGUUUCAGAGAAACAACUUGUGGAGUGCUGAUAAGAAAGAAAAUUGUCCUAACAGUCUGCGUGGGGAGUCCAGUGAACCCCUCUUUAGGUCAUCUGAGCAGAGGACUGAAGAAGUUUAUAGAACCCAGAUGAGUACCGUGCAGCAUUCACCUCAAUCAAUAUUGGAACCAAACACAAAGUCGCUACGUCAGUCUACAUUAACAGAGGCGCUUGAGCCAUCUGCUGUGAAAAUAUCUAGCACAGAAUCAGCAGUUACUUUCAAAGAGCAAAAUGCGAAAAUUCCUAAUAACCCUGCUAAUUUAAGCCCUUUCAAAAGGAUAUCCAGUGUUAAUGAACAGUUGAAUAUUGCUGUAGAUAAAGGAGAAAAGGGGAAUUACAAUAGAAGUACAGAUAAAGUUGAAGUAGUACGUGAGAUUGAGAUGAGUGUUGAUGAGAUUAACAGUUCUGUGGUCAUUAAUGAACUGUUUGAUGGCGUCUUGGAGGAAGAGGAGGAUGAAGAAGAAGAAGAAGAUGGUGGGAUGAAGGAGAUAAAGGAGUGCAACAAAGAAACUAAAAGUGACCUAGAGGAGAAAAAUGAUGAGUUAAACAUAUCCUCAAUGUCACUCCUCACACCAUUGGCAGAAACAGUUGAUGCCGUUACAAAUCAAGAGAAGAAUGGUAAACCUUCAGAUAAUGUGGAGGGCAAAUGUCAGCUGGAAUCCAUAACUAGAACAACAUCAGCUGACAAUGUAGGAUCUGUAGCUGAUGAUCACAAUUUAUUAUACAGUAUUGCUGCCUACAGAUCACAAAGAGUUAAAACUGUUGAGCGUCCUUCAGUGAAGCAAGUUAUUGUCCGUAAAGAGGAUGUUUCUCAAAGACUUGAGGAAAAGGUUAAUGCAACUCCAAGUUCAAUUAGCAUAAAACAGAAGAUGAAGAAUCUGAACAAUGAAAUAAAUAUCCAGCAAAGUGUUAUCCACCAGGCAAGUCAGGCUUUAAACUGUUGUACAGAUGAAGAUCAUGGGAAGGGCUCUCAACAGGAGGCUGAAGCUGAGAGGCUGCUACUGAUUGCCAGUGAAAAGAGAUUGGCACUUCUUGCCGAAUUAAGCAAAUUAAAGGGUGAAGGAGUGCAUGAUCUUAAGAAAGGUGGCCUUGCAGCAAAAUCAUCUGGUGAAUGUGCUCCAUCUAGAGGCUGUAUUGCACUUUCGGAUAUCCGCAUUCCUUUAAAGGCAGAUUUCAUCUGUUCAACAGCUCAAAAACCUGAUGGUACCAACUAUUAUUUUUUUAUACUAAUUAAAGCAGGAGCAUUAAAUAUAGUGGCUACACCAUUGGCCACCAUCCAAAAUGCACUCUGUGGUGAUGCAAUUAGUUUUCCCACAAAAUUCACUCUGGAAGAUGUCUCAAAUGAUUUUGAAAUUGAAACAGAAAUUUAUAGUCUGGCAUUGCACCGGGAGAGUGCUGUUACAGAUAAGAAGAAGAAACCUAAUAAGUCUAAGGCCAUUACUCCAAAGAGGCUAUUGACUUCAAUUACAAAGAGCAACUUGCAUACACCAGCUUUGGCAAGUCCUGGAGGUCCCAAUGCAGUGCGCACGAGUAAUUUCAGCAUGAUCGGAUCCCACAAAUUCUUGCUCACUUCUGUCGGAAAUUCUAAAUUCCAACUAAAUAAGGUUCCCUUCUUGUCCCCUCUUGAAGGUCAUAUUUGUGUAAAACUGCAGUGCCGAGUUGAUUCCAUGAUUGAGGAGCGUGGAUUUUUGACCAUGUUUGAUGAUGUUAGUGGUUUCGGAGCUUGGCAUCGACGCUGGUGUGUCUUAUCUGGAAACUGCAUCUCAUACUGGACCUAUCCAGAUGAUGAAAAAUCCAAGAAUCCACUUGGCCGUAUAAACUUGGCUAAUUGUACUAGCAGAAGAAUAGAGCCAGCUAACCGUGAGUUCUGUGCUCGACCACACACAUUUGAACUUAUCACUGCAAGACCUCAGCGAGAAGAUGAUCGAGAAACACUUGUUAGCCGAUGCAAGAACACUCUCUGUGUCACCAAAAAUUGGCUAUCUGCUGAUACCAAGGAAGAACGCAAUCUCUGGAUGCAGAAACUGAACAGAGCUCUAAUUGAUCUGCGGACCUGGCAACCAGGUGCCUGCUAUUCACCUCAUAUCCUGUUAAAAGAGGUUGAAGACAGGUGCUAACGAGGUUUAUAUAUGAUUUAAUUUAAUCCUGCAAUGGGAUUGAGUAUUGAACAAGUGCAAAUAUGUAAUGACACUUUGUAUGUUAUGUUACUGAAUAAUUGGGCACAGGCAAAAAGUAUGUCUGCCAAGAAUGUUUUUUUUUAAAGCAAACUAGUACAGGUUAAUCCAGCAGCAACUUUAUUAGGUGAAAGAGGAAAGACAGUGAACCAUUUUGGGGAUUGAAAAGAUGCCCCGUACCUCUUGAAAACUUAAUCAUAGUUGCAAAAGUUAAGACUGCAAAGUGGGUGUUUGCUUAUACAGUUUGGCUUUGAGAUUACUUUUUAAGAAACUACACAGAGCAAAUAUUUGAUGAUAAGUGGAGAUGGAGUUAUAAACCAAAACAAUUAAAUAUAUAUAGAUUACUAAUUGUGCUGCUGCUCUUCAUCAGCCAAUGCUUGUUUUGAAAAGGUCUUAGCCUAACCCCUCCUCCAUGGGGAACACUUCCACAUUUAUUAGCCCAGUCAAGAGCUAGCAAAGUUUACACACAAGGUCUGUUUGUGCUGUUAAGACUUAAAAGGCUGCUGACCUGGCCCCAGGAUUGAUUCCAGAAAAUGUUAAGUUCAAAUAUACAAACACAUGUUUGUGUAGACUGCAUUUUGAUGCACUAGAGGUACCAGAAUACACUAUGCAAUAAUUUUAAAUGUCUUUCUAAUUAUGCUGCUAUGUAUUACCUGCUUUAUGCUUGCAGGCUAUGACAUUUAACUUUAGCAAAUAUAAAGACUUUAAUAUGAGUCAACUUAAAAGGAAUUGGAUGGAUUUUUUGGGAAGUUGCAUUAAAUUCCAACAGUUAUGUUUAUUUUGAACAUCACUGUUAAUUUUUUAAAUCUAAUUUUUGAAAAUAUGUCCGUGUCUGUUUUUUUAAUUUUUUGCCUUUAACUAAGCUAUUUUGUACAAUAAUGUGACCUACAGUGGUAAGAAUUUUAAGUUGGAUAAUUCUUGACAAUGCUGAUAAACUAGCAUAAAAAAAUUUGAACCCAAAUAUGUGGUGCCAUCAUAGAAUGUGUCAAAUUCUUCACAUAGUUAUUAUUCCAUACAUUUUCACAAAUUAAACAGAUGUACCAAAUAAUUAUUGUAAUCUCACACUAAUGUGUACUAAGUGGAAAAAUGUACUUUAUAUAUAUUCUUUUGUCCUUCAUCUUUGUUCUGUGUCUUUAAGUGUGCUAUUUUAUUUAGUUCCUUUAAAUGUAUUAUAAAAUAUUCUUAUGCAAGUUGUCUAAAAUAAAGUGCUU